AUGGUCGAGACAGCAGAAGAAAAGGAAAUAAAACGCGUCAGACGUCUUAUCACCAGAGGUGACACAAAACGCACUAUCGCUGUCAAGAAAAUCCGAUCAAUUGACAGCCUCGCUAAACGCGCAAAAAAUGAGCCUGGUCUUAUGGAUGAAUUGCAUAUAGCGGCUGCGACGUUGGAUGAUUUAUGGGCACAAUUUGAAGCAGCGGACAAUGAUGUGUUAGACAGUUUAUUGGAAAUAAAUGCCGAAAUCGAAUAUUCAGCCGAGUUGCCAGCCGAAGUGCUUUCCAUUAUCAAUGCCAUUACGGCAAUCGCCAUGCAGGGCAAUUACGAUAAUUUCAAGAAUGCUAAGCGCGGCUUAGGUGAACAAAAUCAUGCUAGCGAUGCACCAGUUCAGCCAACAGCAAGACUAUCUGAAAUACCGUUGCCGUCGUUCAAUGGUGAUUUUAAUUAUUGGCCGACGUUCCGCGAUCGGUUCUCCGCGCUUGUCGGCGAUAGGACCGACAUACCGAAAAUCGAUAAAAUGCAACAUUUGAUCGGAUGUUUGCAGGGUGCUGCAUCCGACGCCAUACGCAAUAUAACCGUGUCCAAUUACGACCUCGCGUGGUCCACGUUAUCGUCGCGUUUUCAUCGCCCACGAUUAGUCACGAAUGCAUUGAUCGACAAGCUACUCAACGCCCCGGUGUCUUCGCAAGAAACGUUGUUCGAUCUCAAUAAUUUUGUAUCGACCUUUUCCGAAAAUAUUGCGUUAUUAAAUGCAUUGAACAUCAGGGACCUCGGAUCAUUCAUAGUGUUCUCCAUGGCUUUUCGGUGUCUCCCGGCAUCCACACGCAAAUUAUUCGAGUCGUCUGCCCCUCCGGAGUUUCCGACUGUGACUGACUUGCUGACUUUCGUACAGUCCCGUGUAGCGAUUUUGGAGAUUGCCGGAGAUCAUCAGAAAAGGUCCAAUAAUCGACCACAGUCUACAUCACACAGCAAGAAGGUUCCGUUCAAACCACCCACUACAUCGUUAGUCGUUUCGAAGCCAUCGAGCUCCAAGAGCGACUCCUGUCCGAAUUGCCGAGAAAGGCAUACUAUUACUGAUUGUCGGAAAUUCGCGUCGUUGUCGGUCGAGGACCGCAACAAAUGGGCUCGUGAUAACAGUGUGUGCUACACGUGUUUAUCGACCAAUCAUUGGGCCAACAAGUGUCACUCAAGACUCCGCUGUGCAAAAUGUUCAAGGAAACACCAUACGCUGCUGCAUGGGUUCUCAACACGACGCCAUUCAGAGAGCGCCCCAUCUAGCGACGACGCGGCCUUCUGUGCUGCAUCAACGACAUACAGGAACGACGAUUCAUUAGCCGUGCUAUUGGGCACCGCUCUCAUUCAUAUUCGUGAUCAUUGUGGCACCUGGCAAACGGCCCGUGCCAUCGUCGAUUCAGCAUCCCAAAUAAGUGCCAUAACUGUGUCCUAUGUUACUCGUUUAGGACUCCGGCUGACAAACUGGACAGCACCGAUCAGCGGCCUAUCCGGUGCAGCAGUUGCUGAUGUCCGAGGUACCGUCGAUUGUGUCGUUCAACCAAGAUUUGCUACGGAACCACAAUUGAAAACAAAGGCGUGGGUAAUGCCGUCGAUCACGUCCAACAUGCCACGUCGAUCCCUAGACACCAGCGUCAAAGAUCGAUUCGCGAACCUGGCCCUUGCAGAUCCGACGUUUAAUAUUACUUCUUCCGUUGAUAUGCUAUUGGGCGCCGACCUGUUCGCGCAAAUAAUGGACGGCCGGAAGGUUAUGGUAGCUGCCGAUUUACCCCACAGCGUUCAGCUCUAUUUUCGGAUGGAUUCUGAUCUGGCCCGGUGCUCCAAACUGAUGUCGAGUGCCACGCAUCGCUCCCUGUGUCAUUAA